AUGGUACCUCUGUGCUGUUUUGUGCCUUUGUGAGUACGUGUGCCGCUAAUGUUCCUUCUGUUCGGAUCUCAGUCUAUCAAUUAUUUUCUGCCGAAUACGUAUAGGUGAAAAAGAAGAGGAAGGAUCGAGCACCGGAACAUUUUUUAUUAUCCUGGGCUUUUGGACUCGUGCAGGAGUCUAUCGUCCGAGGCAGUAGCAGCAACUGAAAAAACGACAGUUAUAGGGCAUGUAGGCUAAUCAUCGACCGACGGCGCAAGACUGGAGGUGACUACGCAGGGCUCUGUACGCCGGCGCCAGAUCGAUAAAUCGAUUGACCGAGUUCUCACUCGAAGCCCAGACUUCAAUCAAUUCUCGGCCUGUUUUGUUUCCGGCGUGGGCGACUGUUUUGGUGGCUGCGAGGUUAAACUCGUGACCCAUUUUGUUCGUAGGUGAUGGCGGCCACUUGUGAUAAUGCGUCGCCUCGUUGCAUAGCUAGCUUAUGUUCGUGUAUGCGCGAUCCGAGCAUGCGUUCAGUCUGGCCUGUGUAGUUACAAAGACAAUUUUGUCACUCGAUGCGAUACACUAAUCAAGAUUGCUCUUCAGCUUUGACCGGUCUGUAAUCUUCAUGACCCUAUUGCGCAUGGUGGAUUUGGGGCGGUGUGCAAUUCCAACACCCGGCUCCGCAGCAAUGCGCUCGGUCGCUUCUGAAACGCCUUUGAUGUAUGGCAGAGAAUGUCAUAUCGUCGGUGGUGUUGAUGUUCGAGUCCUCUGUGGGCGACCGCGUAGGUAACGACUUGUGAAUGCCCUCGGAUAGCCAUUUUGCGCCAACUGGUAGCGGAGAUAACGCGUCUCACGUGCACUGUCCUCCGGUUUGCUGCACUGACUUUGGAUCCGUUUGAAGAGCGUUUUCAUACAGCUUCGUUUUUUAGCCACCGGAUGGUUGCUGUGGAAACUAAGAAGCUGUGUGGUGUUCGUUGCCUUCGUAUAAACCGUCGUUUCAAGUUCACCGUUAGGGUUUCGUCUGAGAAGGACAUCCAGGAAGGGCAACUGCUGUUCCUGUUCUUCUUUCCUCGUGAAUUUUAUAUCGGAGAAGACUGCGUUGAGCAGGCUGUGGAAAUGUAGCAGCGUGUCCUUUUUUAUGAUGACGAACGCGUCGUCUACGUAACGGCUCCAAAGUGGACUCCUGCAUGAGUUCCGAUGCGCAACCCUUUAUUCUUCUUCCUCCUCCUCCUCCUCCUCCUCCUCCUCUUCUUCUUCUCUUCUCCUUCUCCUCCUUUUUCUUCUUCUUCACUUAUGCAUUCAUCUGGAACUGGAAAUUUCGCCAUCACUCGCCGAAUAUGUAUCAGGUGUGACUACCUAAAGUCCUCAUGUCAUGCACACUGUGCAUACCGUAAGCAGAUUAGACCCUUAGAUGGACAUUUUAUCAGAUGCAAAGACAGGAAUUUGAUGAACUGUGUGGCGCGCUAGCCUUGGCGACCCAUAUGACGCAAGAGCCCUCAGCCACUGCACUGCUCUAUCUUGUUUGCAGUCAGCGUUAGCCAUUCCCUCCACUGAAGGCGGAGGGUGAAAGUGACGCCGAGCAUGUGCAGCCUUUCUGCAAUGAGUCGCGCGCGCCUUGAAACUAUCGCAACACGUUAGAAGCCAUUGUCUGGGAGAUCGCCAUCUGAUUGGAUACUGGCUGGUUGUAGCCUUGUCAGCCACUGCGCCUGAGCCCACUUCCAGUCGUUCUGACUGCGUCUCGCUACCGGGCCCACCUGGGUGGGGGAGGAGAGAGUGCGGCAGAUGCUGCGCAAGUUCGCUAUAAACUGACUCUCCUGCAAGUCACCGUCUUACGCCCAGCACGUCCUGGGUGAACAUCCUCGUUCGCGCGGGUUAAACCGUCAGGUAAGAUUUUAACUUUCCCUCCCCAUUUUCACCCUGUAACGACUCACCGCCGUGAUAAUAACCCACCGAGGGUAGUCUUGCUCGCUUCGGUUGGUGUGCCAGCACGUGCGUGGCGCGCUCAAAUUGACCUGAAUGUUUGUUCGGUCGCUGCAUCCCUGCCCUUCUCCAGCCACGGUGACCUUUUUUGCUGUGGAAACAUGAUAGGAGGGGGGGGAGAGAAAGUGGGAACAAUGCUGCGCAACUAACCACUGCCCCUUUCUCCCCCCCCCCCCUUCGCAGGCAAUCGCGAUCUGCAUUGAGGACCGUGGAUAUUAUCGGUUCGCAAACCCACAUUUCCAAACCUGACAGUUUUGAGUGCCCAGAGCGGCUGCAAAAAGUACGGAUAUGUUCAUGUUCCCCCUUUUUUACGAUGUAACUUUGGUAUACUAGCUUAAAGUGCGCAGUUUAGUUGCACCGCCGCUGAGCACCACCUUUACUAUCCUCUUCACUCCGGCUGGCCGAACAAUCACGUGUCCGAAAUGGCACAUUUUCUCUCCGCCAGCCCAGUUAGUCCAAGCUGGUUAAUUAAAGACUCCCGGGAUGGCCAGACGCGUAGUGUCUACUUAAGACACUCUGCCAAGUUCCUCCUCACCAAUUAUUUCACUCCUUUUGCCCAGAAUAUCCUAUUCUUGUGAAUCAGCACACUCCAACGAUCUCCGAUUGUCUGGGCCGGUCUGCUUUCAUCGCUGCGUCUCUGUUGUUUCUGUUGUAGGACUAGCAGUCAUCGUCUCGGAUGACCGGAGAAAGGAUGGACGUUGUGGUAGGUGGGGUUGGUCGCGGAGUAGUAAAUGGCGGGUCGCGUAAUUUGUUGUAAGCAGCGUCUGUAGACCCGGGUUUUAUAAUCUCUGCGUCUGAUUCUUCGCCUACUUUACUUCAUGCUGGGAUCGCAGAUUUAUGCAAGCUAUAGCCCGAUCACGUUUAGUUGGUGGAGAUCUGUGAGCUGGUGGCGGCGGCGGCAGGAGUUUGACGCUGGCGCAUCUCCUACAGUUGGGCCCACUGUCGCAUCUAGGGGCUGCAGCCACCCAUUCCUCCACCAUGUCAGACUCGUGCUUGUUACUGCUGCCCUUAACCACCGCUAUUGCAGCCCGUCUGACAUUUUAGUUGGUUUGUUUUGAUCAUUCAACUUUCGUGGUUUUCAAGAUCACCUGUCUUCUGAUGCAGUCUUUGUGCCUUUCCUUGUUUGAACAGUGCAUCCUCCGUCUCCUCCCCUUGUCGUGCAUAUUCCCGUCGAGCUUUUGCAGUUCUUUCUGUUCCCUUCCUCUCCACCGUCUUCCUCUUGGCGGUCAGACUCCAACAUCCAGAUCCUGCCGACCGAUGCUGCUGUUGUUAUCGCGUGCUAUUUCUGGGAUCCAGAAGUCACUUCCCCGAACACGUUGAUCCUCGUCUAACACAUAGUUCCUGGCGCCAUGCGUCCGUCCCCCCGGUCCCCAGUUCCCCACCCUAA